GAAAUUUCRAAUAAAAACUCGCAACAGAAAUGAAUAAGAAAUCAAGGAGGAAUACAGGCACGUUGCUGCCUUUCAGUGCCAGAACUUUUCUACAGCAUUCGGUGUUACUAUUGGCAAUAACACUUUCGUGGCCGAGGUACUCGCAUUUGCGAGCAGACGGCUUUGCUUCUCAGGCAGUAGCACGUCCCCAUCUUUYUUCAAUCGCAACUACGCCGAAGACACCGGUAUCAUCUGACUCGGUGCUUUUCAACUAUAACAACGAUGACAAUGGCGAUAAUAAUAAGAACGAUAAGAGCUURGUCGAUUUUGAAUUGCUCUCGAGACGAUUCGAGAGAGCCGAUAAGACCCUGAUCCGCGACGAAGCUACGCUCGUGGCCUGCUACGUUCUUUGCCGGUUUUUAGUUUAUGACAUUUCGUCGGGGGCCAAGAUCGAACCGGGCUGGGAAAUACAGGAUUUCAUCUGGCUGACCGGAACCUUUUCAUCGGCAACGGUGCUGGUGAUCUAUUACACCGUAGCGGGCUUGCUCAGCCGGUCCUUCGAGGAGCAGCCAGACUAUCGAUCGUGGACUUCGAUCGACGACGGAUCGGAUUCCAAAGACCCGAGCUCGUCCGUCGUCAAGGCGGUCGUAAACGUGGUGCUCUGCUGUCCGAUUUGGUUGGCAACGGAACAUUUGUUKGGGUUCGGGCCGGCCGACAUCGGGGGAAACACACUGAGCGUAGCCGUUGCAACAGGGUUCCUUGGAUUUGGAUCGUUCAUGGCAUUGGCGAAGAUUCUUACCGCAGGAAUGAGAUGACACUAGAGGAGGACAGAAUAGAAUACGGCGCGUGCUAAGGUGUCUGGGUGAGGGUGCCGAUAGAURCGAGGUACUGUACGRUCAGAUUAAUCUAAGGUUGAUGGYGUCGUGGAUAAAAUAACAUUGAAUUC